AUGACUAUAGUCUCAAAUGAUCCCACUUGGUGGCCGACCAUCAAUGCAUAUCGUUUUUCCAGCUAUUUUACAGCUGCCGCUUUCGUUGGAGUGACAUAUGAUUGGGUGUUUUCAGCACUUACACUCGGACAAGAGGUCGAACUGAUCUGGAGGCAACGCUGGUCCCUAAUGACAGUUCUGUAUCUCAGCGUGCGCUACCUUGGGAUCUUAUAUGCUGCCCUGUACAUGCUGAGCAUGUCUCUUUAUCAAUCUUCAGACCAUCUCGCUGACAGAUACAGCUGGACUAUGUACGCUGUAUGGAUUUGGAUGAAUGUUGUGGUAUUUGCAAUGUUGUGGGUCAUCAUCAUCACUCGGUUACAUGCCAUGUAUCAAGGAUCCAGAAAGAUCCUGAUAUUUCUCAUUGUCACCUUCCUGGCUGUCAACGUUUUCGACGGAGUGGACGCCAUGAUGAUAACAAUACAUGGUUCAGGAGAGGAACUCAUUCUCUCCGGCACCCAUCAGUGCUCGUUUGGCUAUCCGGAAGAUAUCCUACUUUUGAAUUCUGUUGCUUGGGUACUCUCCAUUGUGUGGGAGGUCCUAGCACUGUGUCUCGCAGUCUGGAUUGCGGUAAAACACUUCCGUGAACUGCGACAACAUUCGGCAGGAGGGAUUAUCAGGGACUGUUUCGUGGUGUUGAUGAAAACUCACAUGGUUUACUUUGCGAGCUUUGUUGUUGUUUCUUGCUUCGAGCUCAUUAUUGAAUUCACUCCAACGGCAUAUUCCCUGGAAGCUCAGCUUUAUUAUGGGUUUCUUCAGGUUUUCUCAGUCGUGCAGAUGUUUGUGCUGGGACCCCGCCUGAUCCUCAGUGUUCGAGAAUAUCUCGUGGCCGAUUCCGACACAGUAACUGGCAUGGUCUCAAUUGCUUUCCAGGAGCGUGUGCAUAUAUCAACUAGCAGUAGUGUGUGA